GACCCUUCCGCAGUUCGCAAGCGCAGAAGACGCGCCCCGGCAGGUGGUGCUUCUGAUGACUGCUUUUCUUGCUCCAAGAAGAACAUCAAGUGUGACCGCAGGCGGCCAUAUUGCUCUCAAUGUCUCGAGGUUGGUAGCGAAUGCUCUGGCUACAAGACACAGCUCACUUGGGGAGUUGGUGUGGCUAGCCGGGGUAAACUCCGUGGUCUGUCCUUGCCCAUUGCGAAAGCCCCUCCCGUCACUCGGGAGCCCAAGAAGCACUCGGGAUCUCGUUCACGGUCCAGCUCUUCUGCUGUUCCCCAAAGCAUCGAGUCUGAAUCACCUGGAAGAAUGCACCAGGGACCCAUUGACAUCCCCAUGGUGACCCAGGUUGCGUCUGCACCCACGACUCCUUUCACAAUGACAGGAUAUGACUACCUUUCCAUGUCUCAACCUGACCAUCCGCCUUCACUCCCUCAGGGAAGCUGGGGUAGCAUCAAUUACUCCCCUGGCCAAGAAACGACACCCAAAUUCAACCGAUUUCCCCUUCCUCUUGUCACUGAGGACCUUGCGUCUUCCAUUGACUCCCUGAAUGAGGUGGACUAUCUCUCCCCCAUGAGCCAAUCUUUCACCAGAGACGACGUAUCCUACGUUCACAGCCCCUCCUACAUGUACGACAGCUAUACGACUGGCAACAGCUCUCCCGGCCCCCAGAGCCCUCCCGCGUCUCUCUAUGUCGACCAUGGCAGAACUAUUGCCCCGACAUCUUGCCCAAGCCUAGCACAUGCCCCUUCGGAGCUCAGCUCGAGUCUCCAUUCUCACAUGGACAACUUCGACUCGCAGCUGAGCAGCCGCAUUGUCCGGGAUUGUGACUCUUUUGGUACGAUGAACUCAGCACACCGAUGCGUACCUGAAGCCGAAGCAUAUAGCGCAAGCUACAACUCGAUGCCCAUCGCGUGGCAAUCACCAUCGAUUCAAGAGGAGGAUGUCAAGUCUCAUCACUCGGACUUUGCCCCCUCGCAUUGGCCCACGGCUUCCGAAACCCAAUCUGUUCAUGUGAGCCAGGACCUCAUCUCCAAGAUGCCCUUUUUUAUGGAUUACUACGAGAAUAUCAUGUGCCCCUCGAUGGUCUUCAUUGAUGGGCCACACAACCCCUUUCGAGACCAUAUCUUGCGACUAGCUGCAAACAGCCAGAGUCUGAGCCAUGCCAUUUGUGCUCUUGCAUCCUGCAAUCUACGCAUGAAGAGGAAACUGAGUCUCGGACGUGAUACUCGAGAGCUUUCUGAGAAGUUGAUGGCUGACAAACACGCCGCCGAAGCCAUGGCAGACACUCAGUCCGACGACCUCUCCCUCGCCGAGGAAUACCAACACCGCAACUUGGCUGUGCACCUACUGAACGAGCAACUCAAUGACCGGAACAAGUCGACCCACGAUUCUGUCCUCGCCACGAUUCUUCUCCUAUGUCAUUACCGCAUGGUCGAGUCGGGCAUCGCCAAGUUCCAUACCCAGUUCGCGGGCGUCAACAAGAUCCUUGCUCUCAGGUCUCAGCAGUUUACCGCUUCGGGAGAUUCUGCCUGGAUGGAGGCCCUUUUCACCUAUUUUGAUGCCAUCUCAGCAAGUAUCAACGAGCGUGAAGCUCAGGUACACCCCGGAUUUGGAAGCAUUUCGGAUGUUCAACUUCCUGUUGGGGCUGAGAACCUGGUUGGCUGCGAUUGCGAGCUCUUCAAGACAAUCAGCAGACUUGGCCGCCUGAAUUUGCUCUCACAGAACCGUCCAGUCAAGUCUGGAUCCCAUGGCGUUUCCGGACGGUCACCUUCGCCAUCAUACAUCUCCCCACUCGGCCAUGCUCACAAAGCAACCUUUAGCAUGGGCAUGGGGGUGCCGGGCCAGCAAACAGGGGAUAUGAAUCUUGCUGAUCAUGGAUACGAGGGCAACACAUUCGGCACAACGCUUAACGGCGAGGGGCUUCUCUCAUCCACUAGCUCGACCACAACCUACGACGAUAACCGGUCACUUUUCUGGCACGAGUGGAAGGAGGCCCGCUUAGCCCUACAGAGCUGGCAAUUUGAUACUUCCAGAGUUGCUGCCUCGCUACCUGGAUCACUUACACAGGGGCAGUUACGCGACCUUGAAUCACUGUCCGAAGCAUUCCGCUAUGCUGCGCUGCUAUACACAGAACGACUUGUGAGCCCCUCGUUGCCGUCUGGUCACCAAAGCAUCCAGAGCCUAGUCAGCCAAGUGAUCUACUAUGCAUCAAAUCUGGAGACGGGCAGUAGUGCCGAGAAGUUUUUGCUUUGGCCGCUCUUUGUGGCUGGGUGCGAGUGCGUCAACGAGCUGCAGCAGGACAUGGUGCGGUCAAAAUGCCGGGACAUCAUGUUCCGCUCGGGCUACAUGAACAACCUAGCGGCUCUCGAGGUGCUGGAGAGGCUAUGGGCGGGAGAGUGGACGGGAGAGGAGCCGUUGAGCCCGGGGGCCAGGGCCGGGGGUAAACGCGGACCGUUCAACUGGACAAAGUGCAUCGGCGGCCCCGGGGUGGAGGUGGAGUGGAUCAUGUUUUGA